CCAUUGCCCGACAAUGGUGAUCAAGACCUCACAGAUCCAGUGACCAUCACGGAGGCACUGGGGCAUGCUGCGGUACCUAAAACUGCAGGUGCUCAUCGCAAGGUGCAAACAUUGAAGGGCAAAGGCAAGAUGAAAUGGACUUGUGAGGUUGCUGAGGAUGAUGAUGAUGCCAAGGCCAACAAACGCGGGUGCCCUUCCGGGUCCAAUAAUUAUACCUCCGCUGAUGUCAAAGCCCUCCUAAACUUUGUCAAAGAUGAACUUCCACUUGACCAGCAAGGCUGGCUUGUGGUACAUACCAGAUUUGCUGAGUGGUCUAAGACCCAUGGCCAUCCUGAUCGCAAAGUCAAUUCGAUUGAAACCAAAUUCAAACAGCUCGUCAAGACUACCAAACCCACUGGGGAUGGAGUCUGCCCCCCUGAUGUCAUGCGGGCACACCACAUUGAUUCGCUCAUCAAUGAACGAGCAGGCACACGUGAUCUCAAUGACAAGGAGUUUGACAACAAUGAUGAUGGCAGUCAGAUGGACUCAUCUGGUCCAGAUGAGCCACAGCACAUAGCAGUUGUGAAGGCCACUCGCACAGAUGCUCCUAUUCCCCGUCGCAAUGCAUGGGGUGCUGCUGUGUCAGAGCUACUGACUCGUCUAUUGGGUGCAUUUGAUCCAAGUGCACAACGAGCUCAUGAUGAAGAGCGAGCAAGUCGGACUCUUGCGAAUACUCAACUUAUGACACAGGCUCAGCAGCUACGUGACUUGCAGCAAACCACCGAAAAUCUUUGUAACCAACUCUUUGAUGUACGUGACAAGCUUUAUUAUACUGAACGGGCCUGCGACAAGGCAGAGAUGCAUGUGGAGAUGUUGCAAAUGUCUACUGGAGGUGGCCAUCACCAAAAACUACCCUCUCCUGUCCUGCCCAGAAAGAAGUCCAUGGUGUCAGAGUGGUUCCCAGACGGAGGGCAAUCACUCCAGUGGGUAUCAGAU